GAGCAAAUUGACUACUUUAUACUUUUCGUUUCCCUAUUUAUUCUCCCACAACCAAAUAAGAUAUUUCACAUUAUCCUCUCUCUACUGAUUCAGCUCACCUGCCUCUCCUUCAUCUUCUUCAGAUCUCUGAUCCGCAGUUUUUUCCGAUCAUGGACAUCAUUUCCCGGCAACAACCGCCGCAGCAGUCGAGCCUGAACCCCAACGCUCCGAUGUUCGUUCCCUCGGCGUAUCGGGCGGUGGAGGAUUUCUCCACCGAAUGGUGGGCCCUUGUCCAGUCGUCCCCUUGGUUCCGUGACUACUGGCUCCAGGAGAAUUUCCAUGACCCACAAAACGACCCCUUCUUUUCUGAUGUUAACGACGCCGCCUUCCUCGACGACUCCGACUACAUCGACGACCUCUUCGACGAGCAGCACUACCCCACCGCCGACAACAAAAAGGUCGAGGCGGAGGAAGAGGAGAAAGACUAUCACAAGGAGCUGGUUUCGCUGGGGCUGUUGAAGUGGCCGAAGGGCCGACCUGUGGCGAACGCGCCGAGGUUUAUUGAGAAAGCUCCGAAGUUUGUUAAUGUCAAAGUGAGUCCCAGAGCGAUUCAGCAGCCUAGGUAGAGCGAUUGAGUUCAGUGAGCUUCUGACUCAACCGGUUUCGUAAAUACUGUGCAAUGAUUUUAGCUUUCGGGUUUUCUUUCUUUGUAGUUUCUUGUAAUUUGCAGCUUUGUAAUUCUCUGUUUGAGCAAUAAAGAUAUCUAAUUUUCGAC